GGAGCUGUUUGGACAUUUUAUUUUUUUUCCACUUUUCACUCGUUUUCUCUCCCUGUCCCUGGGAGCGAAAGGCAGGAAACGCUAGCAGGGCACACUGCAGGGGUCUCAUGACAGGCCAGCUUUCCUGUCUGUGAGGCCGGACUGAAAGCAUGGUUCUGGGCAUGUCUGAAAGCCCGCUGGGCCUUGCCCCACUCGGAACGCCACAUAGGCAGCAAAACGAGGUGACAGACAGUGCCUACUUGGGCUCAGAGAGCACCUACAGUGAGUGUGAGACUUUUACGGAUGAGGACACGGGAGCCCUGGUCCCACCUGAGAUGCAUGAGGAUGUGGAGACGGACAGCGGCAUCGAGGCUACACUGCACGACCCCGAAGAAGGCGGAAACAGUUUCUCGCUGAGCUCUGACCUCCAUAAUCACUCCCUGGUGACCGUCAUCGGUGGCGAGGAGGAGCACUUCGAGGACUUCGGGGAGAGCAACACGUCAGAGCUGCUGCUGCUGGAGGCCAACGGCGAGGAAACGGUGGGUGAGGUGGACCCCUCAGUCCUGCAGACCCCCGAACAAGUCAACGGCCCCUCUCUCCUCCUCACGCCCAGCUCAGGCAAGAGACUGUCCAGCAAGAAGGUAGCGAGACAUCUACUCCAGAACACCUCUAUGACACUGGACACCAUGAGCAACCUUACCCGGGACAUCCUGGAGAUGGCAGACAAUGACAUCACGGACAAGGUGCUGCUGUUAGAACGGCGAGUUGCCGAGCUUGAGAAGGAGUCCGAAGCGUCUGGGGAGCAGCAUGCUCGCCUCCGACAGGAGAAUCUACAGCUUGUACACCGCGCCAAUGCCCUGGAGGAGCAGCUCAAAGAGCAGGAGCUCUAUGCCGAGGAGCACCUGCAGCAAGAGACGCGUCGCCACAAGGAGGCAAUCAACAAGCUGGAGAGAGAGAUGGGCCUGGAGGUGGAGAACCUGCAGGCCAGACUGCAGCUGCUUGAUGAAGAGAACAGUGAGCUGAGGUCAUGUGUUCCCUGUCUGAGGGCAAACAUCGAGAGACUGGAGGAGGAGAAGAGGAAGCUGCAGGACGAGACAGAGGAUAUGACAGACCGGCUGAAUGAGGAGAUGGAGUCCUGCAGGAAAAUGGCCGACAAGCUAAGCCAUGAGCGACACCAGAACCAGAAGGAAAAGGAGAGCACACAGGAGCUCAUUGAGGAUCUCCGUAAGCAGUUGGAGCACCUACAGCUGUUCAAGCUGGAGGCUGAGGCCAAGAGGGGGCGCUGUCCCGGUGCCGGUCUGCAGGAAUACCAGACCCGAACCCGCGAGGUCGAGCUAGAGCAGGAGAUCAAACGUCUCAAACAGGACAACCGUAGCCUAAAGGAGCAGAAUGAUGAGCUGAACGGGCAGAUCAUCAACCUUAGCAUCCAGGGAGCCAAGAACCUGAUGUCUGCUCCCUUCUCAGACUCGCUGGCCGCCGAGAUCAACUCAGUGUCCCGGGCAGAGUUGAUGGAGGCCAUCCACAAACAGGAGGAGAUCAACUACCGCCUCCAGGACUACAUCGAUAAAAUCAUCGUGGCCAUCAUGGAGUCUAACCCCUCCAUCCUUGAGGUCAAGUAGACGCCAUCUCGACCAAUCACGACGACUUGGUGGACUAUUUGAAAUACUGGAGACAGACUAUAGACUACUGAGGAGGGAAGUUAAACUAUUCUGGCAACAUUUUGGAGGGAAAAACAAGACUCUUCUCAGAACCCCCCUAAAAGCAGAACUGAAGGAGAUUUUUUUUUUUUCAUUGGUUUAUUUUUUUCGGCACUGUCUAUGUUUGUCUAAAGAAUAAGCUAUUUGGGGUAAAAUGUCCCUCCAAUCUGAGCUUAUAUGGCUGUCUGCAUGUGUGUAUGCAAGUGUGUGUGUUUGUCCCCUGAGUAUGCUCGGGUUCUGGUGACUUCCAUAUGUUUUUGGGGGGAGGGACCUGUGUCUGUUUCCGUGGUGCACGUGAAGGUGUGAAUGUGUAAGUGAGAGAACCGCCCCGCCCCCCCUUUUCCCAUCACACCCAUGACUCAACAAGUUUGGCUGACAUUUGAAAGUCAGCCCGGAGACAAAGAUAAUCCCAAGUAUUUAUUAUUUACACAUGUUGAGUAUUUCACCAAGUGGGAACUUUCCUCAUGAUGUCUUAGAAUCUGUUCUGCUGAAUCGGGCCAGUCGUGUUUCAGCCUCACUGAUUGGUUGAAACCGUAUGAAGCCCCGGUCAGGAGACCACGAGCAGCCAUUGGCUCUCUUUAACAUGCUUGAAUUUGUCGUGCUGCCUACCAAACCAAUCAGUUUUUCCUCGUGUCCCACCUCUUUACUGUGAUUGGACUAUCUUUCCUGUCAACCCAGGUGAGGGACAUUUCUGGGGUCGAAAAUGGGAAAUGCCCUGAGGGUUUUGUGUGUGUGUGUGCGUGUGUGCGUGGUGUCUUUACAUUCCCUUUGUGCUUUAUGUUACUUCAAGGUUUUUGAAGGUGUCUGAUGACCGACAAGGAACACGAACGACACACUAUCUUCUUGUAGUCAGUCUCUUGAGAAAAUUAACUGGCUGGUUUAUUUUUUUACUAUGAAACAAGAGUCCUGGAGUCCAGGUGGGCUGGAAAGCUCCAUUAAAAAAGACUUAAUUUCCCAUAUUUAUGUCACUAAUGCUUGGAUCAAAUGAAACUCCAACUACCAUAAGUAACAUUCCUUAUGAAGUACAUAUACUUUAACUGACAAAAUAUAAACAAUCAUACUGAUAACUAUACUUUUAUUGUAAAAAAAAAAAAAGUAAAAAAAAUACUAACACCUUAAAAGAGUGAAGCAGAGGUGGUCUGGGAAAUGUAGUUUUUUUUUUUUUGGUAGGUCGGCAAACUGCCCACCUGACCCCCAGUGAUCUCUCGCUGAGUAACAGGGAGCUAAUUCAGGUUAGCAACCAUCUCUGCUGGACUAGCAUCUUAAGAGUCCAAGAGGUGGUUAAAGACUGAAAUUUGUUGAUAUUUGACUUGUUGUAUAUGAAAUAACACAUUCUGUAGAACUUUGCACUCUGUUUUGUUUCGAUUACAAAAAAAAUGUGUGUUGUCAAAAACAAGGCGAAUGAUUUGUUGUGAAGAGACGAAAUCCCAAAUUAAUACUUGGAACCCCACAUGAAGGUGAAUACAGGGAGUUGCUGAAGGAAUGCAAGAAUCAGCUGAUUCAUAGCUGCUGCCAGGUUUAGCUACACUCAUCUCGUUCACAUGUUAAGAUUAAAAUGGAGAAUUCACACGAGCGAAAAUACCCAAUGGCAGUUCGAAGAGGUGCAUGCGAGCUGUUGCCGUGUCAGA